CCACGUUAGUCUUUUUAUUCGACAAAACCACCCCCAAAACCUCCUUCGUUCCUUAUAAAUACCCUCCGCAACUCCACCUUCCUCUCCAUCUCCAUUUCCGAAGAAACUAAGUUACUAACAAUGGAAACUGAAAAUGUCAACACAACCGUUUCCAAACUCCGACCAAGUCCCUCCCCAGUCUCACAUUUCUGCUUCACUGCCUCCCAAAUCUGGCUCAGAAUCGUCGCCGCCGGCACCUCAAUUGCCGCCGCCUGUUUGAUGUUCAAUAGCCGGCAGUCCAAAGUGCUUUUCGGAACCGAUCUCGACGCUCGUUACACCUACAACCCCUCCUUCAAGUUUUUUACGAUAAUGAACGUGGUUGCUUCAGUCUUGUCUCUCUUGUCGUUGCUGCCGGUUUUCUCACUCGGCCGGAAGUUCUCCAACCCCGUCAACUAUUUCUUCUUGUUUAUACAUGAUCUGAUUCUGACGUCAUUAAUGGUUGGUGGAUUUGGAGCUGCGGCUGCUAUUGCUCAAGUGGGUAAAUAUGGAAAUAACCAUGCAGGUUGGAUGCCGAUUUGUGACAACUUCGGGAAGUUCUGUCACAAAGUAAUGGCGUCUUUGAUCUUGAGUUUCUUAUCGACAAUUUGUUAUUUGCUUCUUACUGUUAUAUCCGCGAAUAAAGCAAGAGAAGUUUCAGAUUGAAAAAAAUGAGAUGUUGUUUUAUGUACACAUGUGAAAUGACUUUAAUGUCCCUCAUGGAGAGGGGUGCUUGGUUUAUGUGGACUUAGUGAAUUGUAAUCGAUAGUAAGUUAGAUGUUUUUAAAUGAAAUAGUUUGUUUUAUAUGAUGAAAGUAAUUCAAGUUCAUUCUUUAGUAAAGAAUGGUAAUGAUAGAUAUUGUUAAAGACAAUAUAUAAUUCUUUGAUAGCGAUGCUAUUGAUCCAUUAAGUCGUAUACGGGUGUUUAUAUGUUGAAAGAAGUCUAGGGUAACUAUGGACACCCUGAUCGAUAACCUAAAAAAUAAAAAAAGUCAAAUGAGUCGUUAAGAAAUAUACAUUUACCUUUAGACAAAAUUAAGCUAUUUGUAGAAAAGUAUGUAUGACACUCAUAGUUUUGAAGGGUGAGGUAAAAAUAACGUGUAGAAAACUAUGCUGAGUAUGACACUUAAAACACUUGGUUACUGUUGUUUUAAACAUUGGUCCAGUCAUUUUGGCUCUUUUUAAUUGUAAAAAGAUGUUUUUGUUUUCUUUUUGAUUUGGUUUUAUAUUUUUUUUAAAUGGCUUUUAAUUUUAGUUGAUU